GUGAACAAAAACAUCACAAAUCUCAUAACCUCUUCCCUGCAUUAGAAUCAUAUCACUCGUCUAAAUCGAUCUUCGUUCGCAAUGGAAACCACCGGAAAAGUGAAGAAGGCAUUCGGAGGAAGGAAAGCCAGCGGACCAAAAACCAAAUCGGUUUCGAAAUCGAUCAAAGCCGGCCUCCAAUUCCCGGUCGGAAGAAUCACUCGUUUCCUGAAGAAGGGACGGUACGCACAGAGACUCGGCGGUGGAGCUCCGGUUUACAUGGCCGCCGUGCUCGAGUACCUCGCAGCCGAAGUUUUGGAGCUUGCUGGUAACGCUGCGAGAGACAACAAGAAGUCGAGGAUUAUUCCGAGGCAUCUUCUUUUGGCGAUUAGGAACGAUGAGGAGUUGGGGAAGCUUCUGAGUGGAGUCACGAUCGCUCACGGUGGUGUGUUGCCUAACAUCAACUCUGUUUUGCUGCCUAAGAAGUCUUCUGCUAAGUCGACCGAGGAACCUGCGUCCAAGUCACCGGCUAAGUCUCCUAAGAAGGCUUAAGCCACACGAUGUUGCUUUUUAUUUGUGUUCUUUGUGUUGAAGAUUGGUGAAUGCAUAUGUAGAAAAUCUCUAGCUCUUUUUUAAGUUUUAAUUAUGUAAUUUUGGGUUUGAUUUCUCUUCAGAUCCAACUUUCUAAGUUUGAUGAUUUAUAAAAUCUUAAAGUUUGCUUA